AUGAAGCCAACCAAGCACUUUUGCUGCACAAUCUGCCAGCGGGGUUUCACCCGCAUUGAUCAUCUGAAACGGCAUCACCUCCGGCACUCUGGCCUGAAGCCUUAUUCGUGUGUUUUCUGCAACGAGUCAUUUGCUCGGUGUGAUAACCUUCGCGAUCACUAUACAGACUGCGCCAAACGUGGCGACCGGGAGAUUCCCGAGACCGGCCAACGAGGCCGCAGACGACAUGCUUGUCAAUCAUGUACAUCGAUGAAGCUUCGCUGCGAUGGACAAAGUCCAUGCGGUUCAUGCGUCAAGAGGAAUCUCGACUGUAACAAAGAACGGCAGAAGGCGGCCACGAGUCCUGAAAUCGGCUCGGAUACUGCUUCUUCAAAGCAUGAAGGAUAUGAUCGCCCUUCGGAUCGAGGCUCGAUCAGGUUUCUCCUCAAUGGAGGUACAGAUAGCUUUACGGAGGACUUCCUCCUGCCUCCGCGUAGUGAUCGCACUCGUGGACUCGAGUACCAUCAGCAGAAAGAAGAGGCCGAGAAUUCACUGAUGGCAUACCCCGCCGAGGGAGAUCCCAAUGGUUUCGCGCCGGCAUUCGUUGAGCUAGAUCCCAACAGUCUGACUUUCUUCCAUGAUACCUUCCUCGACUUCUUCAACGGGCCUUUUGGGGAAAUGCACAAAUCAAUUGUCGACCCUUACGGUGGGAUGAUGGACUAUCCGACAGUUCCUACUCCUAACACUGAUCCCGCUCUCGCCUUUUCCGGACAACAACCGUUCGAGCAGGAAAGGCCGUACGCGACCGCCAUGAUCCAGGCGAUCUUAUCGAGGGCAUGGUCGGUGCCUCUCGACCCCAAGGUCCACGAAGAAAUAUCAACAAACCUUACCUUCCUUCUUACAACAGCGCGAAUCCAGAAAUUCAUCAAUCUCUACUUCAAAUACUGGCACUCGAAUUGCUCAAUCCUACAUAUGCCGUCUUUCAACCCGGAAGUGGUUGCUCUGCCCUUACUGACGUCGGUCGUGUUCAUGGGGGCAAUGUACACGAAAGACGAGCGCGAGCUAUACGCCGCCAAACGACUUCUUGACUUUGCCGAGCUCUACGUUUUUUCUAGCGAUAUCUUUUCCUGCGAAUAUGAAGUGGCGGCGACGAUCUGCGGGAGCCGGAAUGUUGAGAAUGAAGCUCAUGACUGGCUGCAGUUUCAGAACUUCCAGGCUGGCUUUUUGAUGGUCGUGGUACAGUACUGGGCUGGCGGUCGGAAGUCGACUAGUCGUGCUAUGGAGAAUCGGUUCAGUGAAGUUGUCGCACGUCGAAUAGGACUCGUCCAGUAUCAGCACACGCCCGAGGAUGGAAUUGACGAAACACUAUGGAUUCAGAACGAGUGCCGCAUUCGCAACAUGAAUAUCAUUUCUCUCCUCGACUGCGCCUUUUCAUUCUACCAAAAUUACCCUUGCCGCCUCUCGCAUACAGAAUUACAAUGGGACUUUCCAUGCCAGGAGUCCGUCUUCGCCUCCGAACACCCAUUCGCAGAACCCGGGUUCCAAGUCUCACGAGGUCUCACACUAGGCGAGGCAUUCAGCAGCCUAUUUGAAGAAAACAGCGGUGCUGAAUCGUCCGCUGUUCCAGAUACAAUCGCAAACCUCACAGUACUCGACAUGUUUGUCCUAAUCCACGUAUUAUACGCAUUUAUCAACACGCACAUGACUUGCCUCGCUCCUCUCCUCCGCAACACCGUAAGAAAACAAUUCCCAACCUCGACCGGCUCAGGGAAACGACGACAGUCUGUCAACCAAGAAGACUCCACAUUAAUCCCAAUCCGCAUGGCCUUAACACGGUGGCGAGACCACUGGCUAACACUGCGCAACACAAUAUCACCGCAUGAAUGGGCGUCCAUGGGCUUCUUCAAGAACGGGUACAAUUUCUGGCUCGUCUCGCAGCUCCUAAUUACGAAGAAGGAGAGCGUGGAUGUUGUGAUGAAAAUGGAGGUGCGGUGCGAGGAUAAGCUGGAGAAGCUCAAGGUCCUGCUGCAGGAUGAGAAUGAUUGA